AUGGCUUCCAACUCGUCCUUCAAGCUUCUGAUCUUCCUCACCAUCUUGGUCCUCGCGGCCAUCGUUCCCGCCUUGGGUGUCACGGAGGAUCUGGGCAAUGUCUACGAUGAUGACCACCUGCUGGGCAUUCCUACCUUGCACUCGCUAGUUGAUGAACCUCGCGCCUUGGUCCCCCGCGCUGGAUUCGUAACUGUUACUGUUACAGACACCGUGUGUGCUCCUCCACCCGUGGCUACCACUUCUCAAAGCACGGGUACCGCUGGAGCUCCGGGUGCUCCCCCAGCCCCUUCUGUGACCACCCUUUCUGAGACUACUGUGGUGACUGGUUCUGCUCCUACCGCCACUGGCCCAACUGGCACUGCUCCUACUGGCACUGCUUCGACUGGCACUGGUGCUACUGGUACUGUUCCCACUGGUGCUGGUUCCACUAUAGCUGGUCCUGUCAUCACCGCGACUGGAACGACUCUAUCGACUGGAACUCAAAGCGGUCCGGCUACUGGAACCAUUUCCACUAAGUCUUCUAGCGGGUCCAGUACUGCUCACCCAACUAGCUCCCAGUCUACAGGGCAAGCUGGUACUACCGCCACUGCCAGUGGUACUCAAACUUCCACCGUUGCCCCGACUUCGAAUGAAGCGGUUGCGCAGGGGAGACUGAGCAACGUUUUGCUGGUCCUGGCAACAACUUUCAUUGGCUUCCUAAUGACCUAA